AUGGAUUCAAAGCUGAAGUCAGUUCGUGCUGGACACAAAGGAGCCGUCACGAAGCUACUGGUGAAAUUCGACGAGUUAAAGUCAAAAACAGACACAGAAGUUGACGAAGUGAAAGCCCUUGAUGAUGCUGUCACGCAGAAACAGAAAACAUUGAUUGACCUGAAUAACAGACUUUUGGAACAGACAUCGGAGGAAAAUCUGGAGCAGGAAAUCACCGACUCAGAUGAGUAUAUGUACGAACUUGAUUGCAAAAUUAGACAAAUUCGGAAAUUCAUUAAGUCCUUUGAAACAAAUAUAAUUUCGCAUGAUACUGGUAAGACUCCCUACGACAUAGCAGCAGAAGGGAUGAACAGACAGUAUAAAGAAGUGAUGGAAUACUUACAGACUGUCAUGUCAGAGAAAUCUUCAGGUGUGACUGCUGGACAAGGGAGAGAAGGUGAUAUGGUUCCAACUGAAAUAAGAAUAAUGGCUGAUAAAAGAUCUAUUGAAUUGUACCUCAAAUUACUUGAGUCAGGCUCUGAGAAAAAGAGAGACAUACGUUUAGUAGUUGUUGGAAAAAAAGGUGCAGGAAAGACGUCAUUGAUUAGAAGAUUGUUUGGUGAAGACAUAACAGAUGUUACCAGUACAAAUGGAAUCGAAAUUCACAAAAUUAAAUGCAAAGCAAUGUCGAAUGAUGGUAUAUGGAAUAAAUUAGAUGAAAACAAUGAAGAAACUCAAGCAAGACUUUUUAAAGAAUAUAUGGGAAAACUUCAGGACAAAAGAACAAUUCAAGAACAAGUAGAAUCCCACAUAGCCAUUAAGGACAACACACCAGUAACAUCUGUUGAUGAAUCAAAGAAAUCAGAGACAGCAUCCAAGCAACAUAAAAUAAUAAAACCUCCAGAAGCAGCUGAACCUCAAUCAGAACCUCAAGUAACUCCCCAGCAGCCCUCUGAACAAGCAGCAAGGGAUUUCGAAACUAUGCUAACCGCUAAGUCUAAGGUUGAUGUACAUGACAAAGAGGAGUAUGCUACAUUUUUUCUAUGGGAUUUUGCGGGAGAUGAAGAAUUUUACCACACUCAUCAAACCUUUCUGUCCCAAGAUGCAAUGUAUCUUGUUGUUACAAAACUCAAUGAAGCUGAUGACCCUAAUGCACAAGCUUUAUUCCGACUUUGGAUUGACUCAAUACAUUGCUACAGUAGACUGGAAGAGAAAAAUAUUAUAUCUGAUGACAAGACGACUACGUCAGGUGAUCUUGAUCCACCAGUAGUUAUUGUUGGCACAUGGAAAGAUGCUGUGACCUCAGAAGCAGACACGGUUGAGGAGGCAUGCAGAGAAAGUUUGUUGGUGUACACCGAGAAUCUGGCAGAUGAUGAACGUGGACAUGUAAGGAGUGAAUACUUUAUUUCUAAUAAAGAAGAUGAUCACGGUGUAUUCCAGCAAAUAAGACGAGACAUUAUAAACUUAGCCAGAGAAAUGCGGGCAUGGAACAAAGAUUAUCCGUUAAAAUUUAUACAACUGGAACAACGACUUCAAGAAAAGAAGAAAGAGUUACCGAUUAUCACCUAUCAGGAAAUGAAGAACAUUUCUUCUGUUACACCAAAGCCUUUAACUGAGAAAGAACUGAUAUUAUUUCUAGAAUUUCACCAUGAACUCCGAUCUUUAGUUUAUUUCAAAGAUCUCCCAGAGAAUAUUAUUUUAGAUACACAAUGGUUGUCUGAUGCUUUUAAAUGUAUAGUAACAGCAAGGAAAUUUCAAGCUAGUACUAAAAAUCAAAUAAGGUGGAAUGAAUUUUACCAUACAGGUAAAUUAAAUUAUGACGUUUUAGAAGAUAUAUUUAAAAAAGAGACACACAUGUUGUAUGAACAUAAAAACUAUAUCCUGAAUGUAAUGGAGAAAUUUGAUAUCAUUAUACGUCCAAACAAAUCAGGUGCUGAUGCAAAUCCUUACUUUUAUGUACCUUGUAUGGUUAAAGCAGAACCUGAGCGUGACAUUUAUGAAAUGUUUAAUGUGCCAAAAGAUAUAUGUAAAAGAUCCACGUGGUUGUGUUUCAGAUUUCGGUUUCUACCACCACAUUUAAUGAAUCAUUUGAUAGCUUCACUGAGCAGGAAGUAUACAGUUGCAGAAGUGAUUGACAGUAAGAAGAAAAAAAGACAAAUUGCUCUUUUUAAAGGCACUGCUGUCUUUGAGUUACAACAUGAAACAACGAAAUUAAGAAAAUUACUUGUAAUGACAUGUCCAAAUGUUAUUCAGAUUCAGGUUUGGGAAUUUGGGGAAGACAUUAAAAGCGGUUUGUACAAAUACAUUGCCGACUUUGUGACAGAGGAAUUAAACACAAUCAUGCAUACAAGAUUCAAGAUGUCAAAUGUAAAAUUUGAGAAAAAGUGGGAAUGUGGCCUUACUGAGCCAAAGUGUGUGACAGGAUCAAACAUAUUCAUGGAAGAGCCUACAUAUCAAUGUGACACAUGUCAAAUUAAACACAUGUUCAUAGAUGAAUGGUCAGAUCAACAAAAUAAAGCACCAUGGCGGUCUCAGAUGUCUGAAAAGGCCCAACAUGUUCCAGUAUCGAAUCCUAGCAUAGAUAACAGCAGUCAAAUCGUGCGUGUCCGUGUCCAAGCUGGUAAGAGAGAGCAAUCAAGUGGAUGCAGUUUGAGAGAGUUCACCAUAGAGCAGAUUAAUUUUACAAAGAUGGGAAUAAUUGUGCUUAAUAUUCUUGCUGAUGCUUCAUAUGACCUACUUAAACCAGAUAAACCACAUCUACGUCCGAGGAGCGAUUGUGAUACAACAUACUUGUACAAUGAGCACAGGAGACUAAACAAACAUAUUCCAACUAAUGGAUGGGGAGUGAUACGGCAAGUUGAUCAGGUUACAGGCAUAGCUGUUGGAGAUGAUAUUGAGCGCAUAAGACUGACAAGGAAUGAACUACAACACUCAAAAGAAUUUGAACUUGGAGAUACACGUUUUGUUGAGUUGUGUAACAUAUUAACUGAUCUUUUAAAACGGUUUGAUCUACUCAACAAACCAGCAAGACUUUAUACAGAUCAACUUGAUGAAAUUAUGGCUAAAACUAUGUCUGCUCAGGAAGUUCAAUCAAUUGAAAAUGAAAUAUUAGGAAUGGAUAUUACAGUUGAAAUAGUGAACCCGAUGAAAGUUCAACCUUAAUAAAGAAUUAUCUCCUCCUCACGAUUUUUAUUGCAAACAGUUAUUUUUGGCACUUUAUUAGAAAUAUGCAUACUACCAUGACUACUCAGCAUACCAACAUAUUGACAGUAGAUCACCAAUCAUUUAUGCCUAGAAUGCCGUCUCUAGAGUAUAGAAGUAAUGCCGCCAAUUAUAGUUAGUUCAUAAAUUUUAUUGAUAGAAAGAAAUUUCCAAGAUGACAUAGUGAACCUAACUGUCUAUUCAUAGAGUUGAAGAAAGUAAUGGCUGAGAUAAAAUAGUUGACCAAUCUUAAUAUUCGUAGAAUUAUAAAAAGUAAUGGUCAAGAUGAGAUAGUGGACCAUAUUCGAAAUUGUGGACUAAAUUUAAAAAGGGAACCGAUAUUGUACUGUUUUAGUAGUAUAAUAAUUUAAUUACAUGCAGCAAACAUGUUAUGUGAAUAUUAUACAAUUACCAAUACUUAAAUCAUUAUGUACAUAACAAUUAAUAUUUGUUUAUAAAUAUGUUUUGUGUGUUAUAUUAAUGAAAUGAAAUGUUCAGUCAUAGGAAAUGUGUAUAGUACAGAGACAAAACAAGAACACAUUAAAAAAAAACAUCCUGUUUAUAUUUAUCGGAAUUAUAUAUAAAUUAUUUUAAUGUUUUUGUUUUUUUUCAGAAUUUAAUGUAGAUAGUCGACCUUAUAAGUCAUCAUUUAAUAUAUUUACAGCUUUUGUAAUC